AUGCAUAUCAAGCAAAUAAGGUUGAAAAACUUCAAAAGCUUCAAGGAUGAGACUCUGGUAGAAUUUACAGAGAAUGUCAAUAUAAUUGUGGGGCGGAAUGGAAGUGGAAAGAGUAGCAUUGUCUCAGCUAUCCGUUUUGUUCUGUGUGGAGAGAAAUACAACUGUGAAUCUAGGAUGGAGCUUAUUCACGAAGGAAGUAGGGCUAGCGAAGAAGAGGCAAGCGUUGAGAUUGUAUUUGAUAGUGGAUCUCCGGAGUCCCUGGGGAAGGGAUUUAGUAUUAAGAGGGUUGUAGAUGCCAAGAAAGAUGAAUAUAUGCUGGAUAACAAGACUAUAUCUCGAGAUGAGUUGGGAGGUCUGCUUCAAGGUCAUGGGUUUGCCACAAGUAGUCCAUAUUUUAUUGUUUUACAGGAAGAAAUAUCGGAGCUUGCAGUUCUUAGCGACAGAAGAAGGUAUGAAUUGAUAAAAGAUGUUGCGGGAGUGUCUGAAUACGAAAAGGAUAGGGAAAAUAGCAUGCAGACGCUUGAAGAAACUAAACAGAGUGAAAACAAAAUUGAGCUGUUAUUAGAAAGGAUCGAAGAAAAGUUAAGAGGAUUUGAAAACGAUAAAAAAGAGGCAGAGUUGUGCUUGGAGCUAGAAAAAGAGAAAAGAAGGCUUGAAUAUGGAUAUAUUGAGAGAGAAGUUGGAGAGAUCAAUGAAGAGAUAUGUAAAAUUGAAAAUCUUGGAUCUAAUAAUCUUGAAGAGAGCUCCGAAGAAAAUGAAGAUUAUGGAUGCGAGAUCAGAGAAGUAGAGAGCAAACUAGAAAGGCUUGGUAGACGAAGGAAAGAGCUCCAUGUAGACGAAAAGUACAAAGAUAAGGAAUCUGAGAUUGAAAAUGAGAUCAAAAAUAUUGAGAAGAAAAGGAAUGAUCUUUUAGGAUCCCUUGAGAUUGAAAAAAAGACUCUAAAGAGUCUUAAAAGGAAUGAAAUGGAAACCUUUGUAAGGUCGGGUUAUAUAAAAUAUCUAAUAGUGUUUUUAGAAACUCUGGGAAAUAGAGAAGUGAGUUCUGAAGAAAUAGAGAUAUCCAAGAGAGCUUUGAAGGAAAAGAUCGAGAAGUUAAAGGAUUUUAAUAAUCUGGAUCAUUCGGGGAAGUUUGAAGAAAAAAGAAAUAUUGAGGAGUUAAUUGAAAGGAGAAAGCAUCUAUGGAGAGAAGAAAGAAGGUUGAAGCUUUCCGAAGAAUCAAUAGGGGGAAUUGUUAAGUCCCAGGAAGGAAGAUUAAUUGCGAUGGGAAACAUCGGUUUGGAUGUAUACAAGCAGAUUAAGAAUGAAAAGGGGGUAUUGGGAUAUGUGUACGAUUUGAUAAGCAUACCUAAUGAGUUAGCCAAUGCGUUUGAAGCCGUUGUGGGAAAUGCUCUCUUCAAUAUAGUUGUGGAGAGUGAAGAUGUGGCAUCUAAUGUGUUGAAAAAGAUGAAGGACUUAAGGUUUAGAGUAACAUUUAUGCCGCUUAAUAGAAUUGAAUAUAAGGAGGAAAAUGAGAUAGAAGAUUCGAAUGUUAUUUCGUUGACAUCACAAUUGAAAUGCAACCAGCAAUAUAAGCCUCUCCUCAGAUAUAUCACUAAAAAUUUCUAUCUUUGUCCAGACUUGAAACAAGCACUUCAUCUGUCCAAGAAGUAUGGAAUCAAUGUUGUUACUCUCUCAGGGGAAGUGGUGGCCAGGGAAGGAACUAUUACAGGAGGAUAUGAGAGAAGAAACAUGGUUUUCCAGGAAUAUAAGAGGAUAUGCAAAGAAUCAAGAAAGAUAAAAGGUGAAAUGAUUAAAGUGCAGCAUGAACUUGGGAAAAUUAAUAAGGAGAUUGAAGAGGUAAAAAUGCACAAGGAGUGUGGAAGCGAUGAAUCCAGAUACUACGAAAGUUUGAAAUCCUCCGUUCUAUUUCUUCAAGAGAAAAUAAAGAUACUAGAAGAAGUUGUUAAAGAGAAGCUUGAUGGAAACGGUAUCAACGGAAAGCUUCGAAAAUUAAGAGAAGAGGAAAAAGACCUAAAGCUUAAAGGGAUUUGGAUUGGAGGAGAAAUUAAAAAAGUUGGAAUGAGAAUAGAAGAAGCUGAGAUAGGAGUUAGGAAUUUAAAUGAAGGUGUAGGACGUCUUCGAGAAGAAUUAAGUAAAUCUAGCAUGUAUAGAGAGGCAAAAGAGAUUGAAAAAGAGAUCUUGGAGUUGAAGGAUAAGAAAAGAGCUGUAAAGGAGAUGAUGUUUAAUGAGGAAAACAUGGGACUGUUUGCAAAACCUAAAAAGAUAAAUGUUGAAGUGGAAAAUCUAGUGAGGAGAAAGCACAUGCUGAUAAACAAAAGAAAUGAACUCUGCGAAAGGAUAGGGAUUUCCGACUUCAGAAACCUAGAAAGGCUAUUUCCCGACAAAAAGAAAGAGGAUAUAAUGAAUGAAAUAGUUAGAAUAAAUGAGAGAAUUCGGGGGCUUUCGGUGGUUAACCGGGUAGCAGUGUCCCAAUGGGAAAGUUAUAUAGAGCAGAAGAAUUCUAUAAGAAAAAGACUUGAGGAAUUGAAGGAUGAUAAACGGCACAUAAGUGAAUUUAUAGCCGAGCUGGAUUCUCGAAAAGAAGGCGCAAUGGGAAAGGCCAUGUCUGUAGUAGAAGAAGGAUUUUCCGAAUUCUAUUCAAGACUCACGGAAGGAGGUAAAGCUGAGCUUUACUCAUAUGAAUCAAGUAUAGGAAUUAAAGUUGGAAAGGAUGUUGGAACAAGCCUACUUAGUGGAGGGCAAAAGGCUGUAGUAGCACUGUCUCUUAUAUUUAGUAUGCAAAGAGUAAAUCCCUCCCCUUUGUAUGUAUUUGACGAGAUUGAUGCCAAUCUGGAUGCCCAGAGUAGACAAAAGGUUUCAAUGUUGAUAAAAGAAAUGAGCGAAAGAAAUGGAAGCCAGUUUAUAAUAACGACUUUUAGAAAGGAGUUACUCAACUGCGGAGAUAAGUAUCUUAAUGUUGAGUUCCGGGAAAAAAGAAGCAAUAUUAAGGAUAUCGAUGCAGGAGUAGCCCAUAAGUUCCUCGAUGAAGACCUAGGGGAAAGAUAA